AUGAUAGGAACAGGAUCGUACCAUAUCUUCAUCGAAAUCGGUAGUAAUCAGGAAUCGAUAGAUUCGCAUUUGGAUCUUUCAAAAUACUCCAAUAUUACUGUGACAAACAUGGAUUUCAAGCAAUCAAUGAAAGUAGUUGAACCGCUCGAGCCGCUCAAGGCUACGCUGUUAGGACAAGGAAUCAUCCGGUUAUACCGCGAGUUCGAAGAUGAACCAUCUGAAUCGUCUGUAGAAGAACCUUAUCCCAUACGUAGUAACGAAACAGUGAUAGCAGGAGACGAUACGAUGGUAGCCAUAAUAGCCGUUCCUACGUAUUUUACCGCUACUGAUCUCUUGGGAUUCAUUGGUGAAAACAAUCUCCGCUAUAUCUCCCACAUUCGAAUUCUUAAAAGUGACAAACCGAACAGGUUUCUUGUACUUCUCAAAUUCAGAGACGUCCUCAAGGCUGCUGAGUUCCAGUACGCCUACAAUGGUAAACCGUUCAACUCAAUGGAACCAGAAACGUGUCAUGCCAUCUAUGUGAAAUCUGUAAAAGUGGACUAUAUUGGUUCCCAAGUUACAGAGUCAGCUGAUUCGUUGAUUCCAUUUCUUCUCCAGGACCCAUUUACCUCGCCUCCAACUUCCAUUCCAAACAGUCCAAGUACCCGUUCCUCUGGUGGAUUUUCGCUUGCGGAAACCGUUGAAAUGCCUCUUAUAGAAUUACCAACAUGUCCAGUAUGUCUUGAACGAAUGGAUGCAACUGUUACCGGCUUGCUCACGAUUCCCUGCCAGCAUACCUUCCAUUGCCAGUGUCUCUCCAAAUGGAAAGACGACACCUGCCCCAUAUGUAGAUACUCCAAUAAUUUUUCUAACCAGCGAGUACGGCAGUCUGUGCGUAGAUUGCUGCAUCUUCCUGCUCCUCGAAGGCCUCUGAUGAUAGGACUGAUAGGCACUUCACUACUAUCCACACCUCUGGAAGACCAGGAAGAUUGGGAACGAUGUAUGGACUGUCCAGCAGAUGAAAAUCUCUGGAUCUGUCUCAUCUGUGGCAAUGUCGGUUGCAGUCGGUAUGCCCCCGAACAGCAUUCGCUAAAGCAUUUCAUCCAUACAGGUCAUUGCUUUGCUAUGGAGCUCAAUACUUCGCGGGUUUGGGACUAUGCUGGUGAUAACUACGUGCAUCGGCUUGUCACCAACGAGUCUGACGGAAAAAUCGUAGAGCUACCUGAAAAAAACGAGUUCUCGGGAGUAGGAAAGUCUGACAGUUCGUCUGCUGAUAAAGUAGAUGAAGUAGGCUUCGAAUACUCGCAAUUGCUCAUUUCGCAAUUGGCAUCACAGAGGGAAUACUACGAGUCGCUACUAUUGGAAAGAGAGGGGCCAAAAUCUAGAAGGGGUUCAACUUUAUCAGCAGUUGCCAAACUGAGUGCUAUUCUAGAUUUAGAGUCCAAGUUAGAGAAGAUGUCAGCUAAGUUGGAUGACUUGACAGAACAUGUGAUUCCGUCGCUAAGAGACAAAAUUUCGCAGAAAGACGAAAAGAUUGGCAAAUUAGCCAAAGAUCUUAACACCAUGAAUGUGUUGAAUGAUGCCUUCUCCAAGAAAGUGGAGUUUUUGAACAAUGCAAACGACGAGCUCAAGACUAAAAUUACAUCACUAGAAGAAGAAAAACAAGGAUUAUCAGAACAAGUGACAGAUUUGAUGUUUUUCCUUGACAACCAGGAAAAAUUCAAAAAUGAGUCCCAAGAAGUCAGGGACGGAACAAUAGUUAUCCAGCAGAAUCCAGCGUCAGCUAAAAAGUCUAAAAAGAAGAAGAAGUAA